CCUCUACCGCCUCAGACUCUCAUCAGACAUCACAAUCACGUCACUGCGAAGGUUUCUCUAAUGCCAACGGUUACUCGGAGAACCGCGUUUCCCAAGGUUCUAAUCGAGAGAGACUCCGACACCGAACAGAGUUCAUCCGAAGAAGAAGAAACACUCGAAGAAGAAGAUGGCGUUACCACUCCCAAUACCGAGAAACUCCAACUGGGUUCCGACGCAAACACGAAAUGGAAAACCCCCAUCACCAUUAGUCUCAAAAAAGUUUGCAAGGUGUGUAAGAAGCCUGGUCAUGAAGCGGGGUUCAAGGGUGCCACAUAUAUUGAUUGCCCCAUGAAGCCUUGCUUUCUCUGUAAAUUGCCUGGGCACACCACUUUGACUUGCCCACAUCGUGCCACUACUGAGCAUGGAGUUGUUCCAGCACCCCGCAGGAAAACGUAUAAGGCAUUGGAAUAUGUGUUUGAACGCCAGCUAAGACCAGCCCUUCCUUCUAUCAAGCCCAAAUAUGUGAUCCCAGACCAAGUGAACUGUGCUGUCAUCAGAUAUCACAGUAGACGAGUAACAUGCUUGGAGUUCCACCCUACAAAGAAUAACAUCCUGUUAUCUGGAGACAAGAAAGGGCAACUUGGAGUAUGGGAUUUUGGAAGAGUAUACGAGAAGGUAGUCUAUGGGAACAUACAUUCUUGUAUACUGAACAAUAUGAGGUUUAAUCCCACAAAUGAUUGUAUGGUCUAUUCCGCAUCCUCGGAUGGAACCAUAAGUUGUACUGACUUGGAGACCGGAAUAUCAUCCUCUCUAAUGAACCUGAAUCCUGCUGGAUGGCAGGGUCCAAACACUUGGAAAAUGCUAUAUGGCAUGGAUGUCAACUGUGAGAAAGGUCUUGUUCUUGUUGCUGAUAACUUUGGUUUUCUUCACAUGGUUGAUAUGCGUUCCAACCACAGCAUUAGUGAUGCAAUUUUGAUCCACAAAAAAGGAACCAAAGUUGUUGGUAUCCAUUGCAAUCCAAUUCAACCGGACAUCCUUUUGACUUGUGGAAAUGAUCAUUUCGCUCGUAUUUGGGAUAUGCGACGAAUAGAACCUGGAUCAUCCCUUUAUAACCUUGAGCAUAAGCGUGUUGUUAACUCUGCUUAUUUCUCUCCGUUAACUGGAACCAAAAUUCUCACCACAUCACUGGACAACCGUCUGCGUAUAUGGGAUUCUAUCUUUGGUAAUAUGGACUCUCCCAGCCGAGAAAUUGUGCAUAGUCAUGAUUUCAAUCGAUAUUUGACACCCUUUAAAGCUGAAUGGGAUCCAAAGGAUCCAUCAGAGUCCCUUGCUGUUGUUGGUCGUUAUAUAAGUGAAAAUUAUAAUGGAGCUGCUCUACAUCCCAUUGAUUUUAUAGAUAUAAGUACAGGGCAAUUGGUUGCUGAAGUGAUGGACCCUAACAUCACAACCAUCAGUUCCGUCAAUAAGCUGCAUCCACGCGAUGAUAUCCUGGCAACUGGGAGUUCUAGAUCUCUGUUCAUUUGGAAGCCCAAGGAGAAGUCGGAGCUUGUUGAGGAGAAGGAUGAAAGGAAAAUUGUGGUCUGUGGAAAAGCCGAGAAGAAACGCGGUAAGAAUGGUAAUGACAGUGAUGAAUCUGAUGAUGAAGGUUUCAUGUCCAAGCCCAAGAAAUCCAAGUCCAAGAAGUCCAAGUCCAAGACUGAGUGGAAACUGUCUCGCUGCACUACCAAGGAUAAUUGCUGAAUAAUGAAGCCAGUCCUUGCAGAGUAUAUUGAGGAUUUUCCUUUUUUGAAGGUUUUCCAAUCUAAUUGCAAAUCCUGUAUGGUGGCCAAGCUCCCCCUCCAUGUUUUGUCUUUUUUGAAAGUAGGAUGGGUGCUGUUAUCACAUUCUUGGCUUGCUCCCCUGGAUGUAAGAUUUGGUGUUUUUUGUCUUGAAGUAGUCAUUUUGUAUCUCAAAUACAAGCCUUCUUAUGCCACCAUUCUACCCUUUGUAAUUUGUAGUGCUAGUGUAUUAUAUUAGAAGAUAAUGCACCAUAGCAUUUUAGGAUAUAGUAAAAGGUUUGUUGGAAUGUUCCUUUUUGUUGAUAUUCCGAAAGGUAUAGUCUCUUCAAGCUUUGCAUUAGCAUCCUAUUUUCAUGCUUUUGUGAUUCUAUGAA